ACACCGAAUAGGACAGGAGAAGUACUCCAGAUAUAACAACCUGACCCUAGCCCCCCGACACAAACUACUGCAGCAUAAAUACUGGAGGCUGGCCUGCGUGACUUCUAGAGUGUGACGCUGUAGCACCUCCUCUUACCCCUCCCUUUGUCCAGUUGACAGGAUCCUUCUCAGGCAGGAUUGGAAACCACUGACAGAGAUAAUGGCCGUUCCUCCAACCUAUGUUGACCGUGGCAAGUCCGCCAAGGAUGUCUUCACCAAGGGAUACGGUUUUGGUCUCAUCAAGCUGGACUUGAAAACCAAGUCAGAGAAUGGACUGGAGUUCACCAGCACAGGCUCUGCCAACACGGAGACCAGCAAAGUGGCUGGCACCCUGGAGACAAAGUACCAGUGGGUGGAGCGUGGGCUGACCUUCACUGAGAAGUGGAACACUGACAACACUCUGGGCAGGAUCACUCUGGAGGACCAGUUGGCCAAAGGGCUUAAAUUGACGUUCGAUUCCUCCUUCUCGCCAAACACUGGCAAGAAGAGUGGUAAGAUCAAGACCGGCUAUAAGAGGGAGCACCUCAACCUGGGCUGUGAUGUGGACUAUGACAUCAACGGGACGGCAGUGCACGGCGUGGCGGUGGUGGGCUACGAGGGCUGGCUGGCAGGCUACCAGGUGACCUUCGAGGGGAAGAACAGGGUCACCCAGAGCAACUUUGCCGUGGGCUACAAGACAGAUGAGUUCCAGCUCCACACGAAUGUAAAUGACGGCACAGAGUUUGGUGGGUCCAUCUACCAGAAGGUGAAUGACCAGCUGGAGACAGCAGUUAACCUGGCCUGGACCGCUGGUAACAGCAACACUCGUUUUGGCAUCGCAGCCAAGUACCAGAUUGAUGCCGACGCAGCCUUCUCGGCCAAAGUGAACAAUUCUAGUCUUGUUGGCCUGGGAUACACUCAGACUCUGAAGCCUGGAAUUAAGCUGACCCUCUCUGCUCUCCUGGAUGGGAAAAACAUUAACGCUGGUGGGCACAAGCUCGGUCUUGGCCUCGAGUUUGAGGCAUAAGGCAUGGAAUGCAACAACAAAUAUUUUAUUGAAAUAGCUAUCCUCACAACCUUGUUUCCCUUACAGUAGAUGUGCUAUGGUUGAGGUGAGGCGGCAUACAAGGUCAAAUCACGCUACAGUUGAUAUGCUACUUUUACCGGACCACUUCAGAUAAAUUAUUUUGGAAUACAGGGCCCAGUUUAGAAUAAAACUAUAACAAGUUUAAAGUAGUCUGCAAAAUGUUAAAAUGGGAAAGCUCUGUUGUGCAUUUGUAUUUCACUACAAACAUGUAAACACUUUAAUUGUAUUAUCUUUGUUUCAAUAAGGAUAAGGGAAAUAAGAUAAUGUUGGUCAAAAAAGGGCUUUGCAGGAGUUAGUAAACAGUUUACUAUCUGUCCACAAGGUGGGGCUGUUGCACGACAUUCCUUGGCGAAGGUGAUCUAUUCCUCUGUACUGGAGUUCUCUCAUUGUAAACUGACAAAAAAGGGAAGUGUCUAAGAUAUAUUAUUAUGAGUUUGUGGUUUUUCACUUAAACAGCAGUAGCUCUGAGGCACUAAAACCCUGUUGUGUACAUCCAGGAUUCAUUCCAAAUGGCACUGUUCCCUAUAUAGGGAACUACAUUUUAGGGAAUAGGAUGCUAUUUGGGACAGAUUCAGUUUUUUUUGUCUCACUUGUCUUUCUGUGCAGUUGGUGUGAAUUGUCUUUUGUUACAUUGGUCAAAUAGAGCAAAAAUACUAUAAUUCAAUACUUAACCCACCUGUGAUGUUUAAGACAAACCUCUGUCAAUUGUUCCUAAAAAGAACAGGGAAGGUAACAUGUCCUGCACACUAUUCAACAUCCCUCUUAAUACAAAUGCUUUUGUGAAAAGAGAUGAAUGGUAGUCUUCCGAUGAUUGUGUUGGAACAGACCGACUGCACCUGACAGUGUUAAAUAAAUACCAAACAUCCUGGGAAAAAAAAGAAAAAAAAUACUGGAGGUUGAGACUGGAGCAUCAUACUAGGCAUCAUUAAAAAGCAGUUGGCAUAUUCUACGCUCAGACUCAGCUCUAGGUAAUACAUUUCAGCAGCCUCCUGCGGCUGCCUACCGUAGAGCUAAAAACAUUAAAGGCAGUGUUGUCCGAUCCGACAUCAGUCAAGGCGCAAACAAGACCAUUCCCCCCUGGCAACUACAAGUGUGCCAGUACACAAAACAUAUGAAAAGUUUCUCACACCCCAUAUCGGGUCGAAACAUAAAAAUCAAAAGUACCAUCAAUUGUAAUUCUCACGAUGGGAUCUAUGGGAUUCGCUGCCUGUGCAGUUUAUUUUACGUAGGAGAAACUUCAAGGGAGUUAUACACACCGGCUCUGACGCUCAUCGAAUAUGGCAGGGCUUGCAAACCAUUACAGACCAGAAAGGGAAGCACAGCCCAGAGCUGCCCAGUG